GUUUUCAAACCACCUUGUGCUGAAGGGCCAUUGAAAUAUUUAAAGUUUUAUACACCACAAUUCGUUGAAGAAACACUUUCACACCGUUGACAACUCUGGCACGCGAGUUGCGGGAAACUAUCGCAUUGCCCGUCGCACAGAGACAAGCCCGAGUCCACCACUUACCUUACAGUCCUCUCACGGGAAGAAACGUGCUCCGCCGUUCUGACGAAAUUUUUGCUUUUAAUUUGACAAUUGUUCGUGUGAAAUUGCAGAAGUAAAAAGCCAAAAUGCUGCGCGUACCCAAGUUUCUGCCCCGUCUCGCCCGCCAGGCCGGCGUGGUACCCUCCCAUAUGUCCGGAGCUUCUAGCAUGUUCCGCAAUCUGCCAGGUGCUAGCAAUGGAAUAUCGUCCCAGCUGCGUUACAAGUCCGGUGAGGUCAAAGGUGCUGUUAUUGGAAUCGAUCUGGGAACAACCAACUCCUGCCUGGCCGUCAUGGAGGGCAAGCAGGCCAAGGUGAUUGAAAACGCCGAGGGAGCCCGGACCACACCCUCCCACGUCGCCUUUACCAAGGACGGUGAGCGGCUGGUCGGCAUGCCCGCCAAGCGCCAGGCAGUGACAAACUCGGCCAACACCUUCUAUGCCACCAAGCGACUGAUUGGCAGACGUUUUGAUGAUCCCGAGGUUAAGAAAGACAUCACUAACCUGUCCUACAAGGUGGUCAAGGCUUCAAAUGGCGAUGCCUGGGUCUCUUCCACCGACGGCAAGGUGUACUCUCCAUCCCAAAUCGGUGCUUUCAUCCUGAUGAAGAUGAAGGAAACCGCUGAGGCAUACCUGAACACUCCCGUGAAGAACGCCGUGGUCACCGUGCCCGCCUACUUCAACGACUCCCAACGCCAGGCCACCAAGGAUGCUGGUCAAAUCGCUGGUCUUAAUGUGCUGCGCGUGAUCAACGAGCCCACUGCUGCCGCGUUGGCCUAUGGAAUGGACAAAACGGAGGACAAAAUCAUUGCCGUUUACGAUUUGGGUGGCGGCACCUUCGAUAUUUCGAUUUUGGAGAUCCAGAAGGGAGUGUUCGAAGUCAAGUCCACCAAUGGUGAUACCCUCCUCGGUGGUGAGGACUUUGACAACCAUAUCGUCAACUUCCUGGUGGCCGAAUUCAAGAAGGAUAGUGGAAUUGAUAUCCGCAAGGACAACAUUGCCAUGCAGCGACUGAAGGAGGCGGCCGAGAAGGCCAAGUGCGAGCUGUCCUCCUCCCAACAGACUGACAUCAAUCUGCCUUAUCUGACCAUGGAUGCCGCCGGUCCCCAGCACAUGAACCUGAAGCUGACACGCUCCAAGCUGGAAAGCCUAGUGGGUGAUCUGAUCAAGCGUACUAUCCAGCCCUGCCAGAAGGCUCUGUCCGAUGCCGAGGUUUCCAAGUCCGAGAUCGGCGAGGUGCUGCUGGUUGGCGGUAUGACCCGUAUGCCCAAGGUGCAGUCCACCGUGCAGGAACUGUUUGGACGCCAGCCGUCGCGUUCUGUGAAUCCCGAUGAGGCUGUGGCCGUUGGUGCCGCUGUUCAGGGUGGUGUGUUGGCCGGAGAUGUCACCGAUGUGCUUCUGCUCGACGUUACUCCCCUCUCGCUGGGUAUUGAGACCCUGGGUGGAGUUUUCACCCGCUUGAUCUCCCGCAACACCACUAUUCCCACCAAGAAGUCGCAAGUCUUCUCGACGGCCAGCGAUGGUCAGACCCAGGUGGAGAUCAAGGUGCACCAGGGCGAGCGUGAGAUGGCUAACGACAAUAAGCUUCUCGGCUCCUUUACACUGGUCGGAAUUCCCCCUGCACCUCGUGGCGUGCCCCAGAUCGAGGUUGUUUUCGAUAUUGAUGCAAACGGUAUUGUGCACGUGUCUGCAAAGGACAAGGGCACUGGCAAGGAACAGCAGAUCGUUAUUCAGUCCAGCGGUGGUCUGAGCAAGGACGAAAUCGAGAACAUGAUCAAAAAGGCCGAGGAAUACGCAACGGCUGACAAGCAAAAGCGUGAGCUUAUCGAGAUCGUCAACCAGGGCGAGAGCAUAGUCCACGAUACUGAGACCAAGAUGGAGGAGUUCAAGAGCCAGCUGCCCGCUGAGGAGUGCGAGAAGCUAAAGAAGGAAAUUGCCGAUCUGCGCACGCUGCUGGCUAACAAGGAGACUGCCGACCUUGAGGAGGUCAGGAAAGCCACUUCCUCCCUGCAGCAGUCCUCUCUGAAGCUGUUCGAGCUGGCCUACAAGAAGAUGUCCGCUGAGCGCGAGAGCAACGCAGGAGCCGGCUCCUCCGACAGCAGCAGUUCGAGCGACACUUCCGGCGAAGCCAAGAAGGAAGAGAAGAACUAAAUUAGGCAACCAUAAUAGUCAUAGUUGUUGUUGUUUCCCUAUUUAAUAAUAACCGCUUCUGGAUUUCGAUUAAGUUCUACGUUAAACACAAACACUUCAUAUUCCUUUAUUGAAUCAUGAAUCACGCAAAGCCACAAGCAUUUACCCAAAAUGUGAAGUAAACUAUCCGAUGCGAUUAGGUCAAAUCAGACGAUGAGACUUCCAAGUAAACAGACGAAGACCAAGCCGCCAGGGAGCGUCAAUGAUCGACUGCAUAAAGUUUUUAUUGUUUAUUAUGCAAUCAAUCGAUUUUCUUUCUCCCUUACUUAAAACACGUGGUCACCGUUGUGUUGUGUUCCUGUAAGAUUUUGAUUAUUUUUACGUAUCAUCUAAACUAGCUGUAGUUGUACAAAAACGAGCACAGCACAAAAAUUGAAUUCGAAUGGCGGCCACGGCGUUCUAGACGCGGACAAAUAAGCAGAUGCUCAUUUGGAGGUUUAAAUUUAAGAUAAAUUGUAUGUUGGUUUCCAGUGGACAACCAAAUUGACUGGGUAAUAUGCAAUUAAAUUUAAACAAAUCGAUGUAAACUUAAAAUAAAACAAAACAAACAUUU